AUGUACAUUGAUUUCUGCUAUAUUUGCAUUGGAUGGGAGGAUGCACCAGUACACAACAAGUACACAAGAACUCUAGAGGAGCUGAAGAGCUACAAAGCUGCUGAAGAGUUUUUCCAGAUCUUCCAAUCUGUCUAUGUGCAUCAAAUCCAAAUGCUCGAGAAGUUGCAGUCGAGAAAGAGCAAGCUUGACAAGAAGCUCAAGUGCAGUCGUUCCUGGAGAAUGGUCUCACAAAUGAUCUUUGCCGCUGCAAUUGCUGUUGUUCUCAUCUCCUCAGUGGUGGCUACAGCCAUCGCUGCACCGCCUGUUGCAGGCGCACUGGCCGCGGCUACUGUCAUUCCCAUUGGCGUAAUAGAGAAAUUGGUUGAUUCUCCUCUCAGGAAAUGUGAGGAUGCCAUCAAAAGACUGCACGAAAUCAUCAACUCGACUGAAGUUAGAAUGUCUGUUGCCAUCAAAGACUUGGGCACCAUAAGCAUGCUGAUUAACAAGUUGGAAAUUGAGAUAGAAUCAUUAUUAAACAAGGAAGAUUUCACAACUAAUGAAGAUGGUGCAAAUAUUUGCAUUGAAGAUAUCAGGAGGAAGGUUGAUUUCUUCAUAAAGGAUGUUGAUGAUUUAGGGGUGCAAGCUCGUAUUUGCAGCAGCAGUGGCGGACCCACAUCACUAGCUGCUGCAGUAACUGUUAGUCAUGCAAAUAGGAAAAGCCAUUUGAAUGGACAAACACCAUAUAUCAGGUUCAAUAGUAAAAUUAUUUCAGUUCUUAUGAUUCCAUUAGAAGCAAGUUUGAUUUUAGAUGGUAGUUGUGAGAAUUCCCUGAUGAAAUAG